AUGAGUCGUCAUAACCACAUAUCCUUAUCCAUGUAGUUUUAUGUUGAGUCGUCGCAUAUAUAAUUGAAAUCUCAUAAUAGUUGAGUCAUUCUGUGGUUAAACUACUGCACCAUUGUGUCACCAUCAUUUAAAAAAUAUGAACUACAAUAAUACUGAAUACAAUAAAGAAGGUAAAGACGAUAUGGCAAGUACAAAUAGCAGUAGUGGUAUAGACAAAGAUAGCAGUACCACUGGCACAACCAGUCAAGAUUGUCAUGAUUCUAAAAUAAUACUUGAUAUAAAUAAAGAUUAUGGUAAACCAGGGUAUCCAUUUCCACUAGUGCUACGAUUACGUGUUCUUCAGAUUGUAUGCGGAAUAACAGCAGUGGUAAUGGGAGCCGUAGCAUGUAUUGAAGAACGUGGAAAAUUUAAUUUAAGCAUUGGAAUUCCCACUGGAAUAACAACAAUUUUAGCUGCAUCGUUCAGCAUCUAUUGCAGUCGUGGUUUUGGUGGCUAUCAACCAAGACCAUUUCGUGAUGAAGUAUUUGAGUUAGAAGGAUUGGAAGGCUAUGUAAUAUCAUGUUUACGAGUUCUUGGACCUUUAACAAUUGCGAUACCAACCAUCUUAUUUUGGAUAAUGGCCUUUUUAUUACAUGUAGCAUCAUUAUUUUUAGCAUGCAAAGCAUUAUCCACAUCUACAUUAUCAACUAUCUAUUUCAUUGAUACAGCGUCUUCAACAUUAGAAGCAUUAUCAAUAAUAUUUAUCAUUUUAUCAACAGUAGUCUUAACAUCUUUAUUAUGCAUACUUAAAAUCGAAUUAACAUACGAUCCAGAUUGACCCGAACAACAUUUGGGUGAAAUAUCUGUAACAGGUGUUAGUGGUAUCAGUAUGGUUACAUUACCAUGUGCAUCAUCAUCAACAGUUAGCAAGCAUAAAAUGUUGAAUACGUGCCGUUCGAAAAACUCUAAUAAAUCAU